UGUUGGCUGCUUUGUUUCAAGUUUCGUGUGAUUCGCAUUGCAAUGUGCAUGAUUGAGAAACACGCUUCGUGGCUAGUGCGGUCAUGAUGUUUAUUGUACAAAUAUUUAGGUAUGGUUGUUCGAAAGUAUUUCUAAUCUAAUACGCAAUUAAUUGAUUUAUAAUUAAACCAUGGAGGACGAUUGGGAAAAUAUUGUAACCCCGAAAGUUCCGUCGAUUGUUCCAAACAAUCCUCUUAACAAAUGGGCUGGUGAAGAUGAAGACGAUGAAGUGAAGGAAAGUUGGGAAGAUGAAGAAGAAGAAAAAAAGGAUGUAGAGAAAAAUGAUUCAAAUAAAAAUGAACCUAUUAAAACUAAACCAAAAAAGUCCUUAGCAAAAAGUGUUGCAGAGAAGGAAAAAUUAAGAUUGGAGGAAGCUGAACGUAGACAGCGAGAGGAGGAAGAGAAUAUGACUCCUGAGGAAAAACGUGAAGCUGAGCUUCGUAGGAAAAAGCUUCAAGAAGAAGCUGACUUGAGAUUAGCUCUUGAAACUUUAGGAGUAGCACCCAGUAUUGACAGCAUCAAUCCUAAUGACAAAGCAGGCUUUGAGGAGCUAGCAGAUGCUAUUAAUAGAAAAGUGUCUAUAUAUAAAUCCAGAGAUGAAUUUCCUGCUUUCGUGGAGGAUCUAUUUCGAAACAUCUGUGUGAAUUUAAAUUCCUUUGAUCUUAAGAAAUUGAAACUCACGAUAGAUAAUAUGUAUAUGGAGAAACAAAAAGCUGAAAAGGGCGACAAAGCUAAAAAGUCUAAGGGAAAAGGAAAAGCUAAAUUGAAAAUGGAGGGCGAUAAUGCUAUAAUGAAUCAAUAUGGAGCUUAUGAUUAUGAUGAUUAUGAUGAUUUCAUGUGAUCAUUGUACUAUCUAUUUUCAAAGCAUAAUAAAAUGUAAAUGUUCA